GACCUCAUGAUCCUCCGAAAGUGCUGGGAUUACAGGCGUGAGCCACCUCCCCUGGCCUGAAUGCCUCUAAGAUUAUUACUUUAUCUACUGUUACUGUAAAGCCUGGCCUUAGGUCAAAACAACCUUGACCAUAAACCCUGCCCUUAUGUAGCAUUCUUGCCUUUCCCUAGGGGAUAGACAUCAGUUGUCUUCCACAUUCCUUUCCUGUGGUAUAUAAGCCCUGUGUGUGGUGGGGAGCAGCACAGGAAUCCGCUGUCUGGCCUCACUGCUGUCUGAGACAUGGCUUCUGUUUUGUUUGUCAGGUUCAACUCCAGCCAUGGUUUCCCAGUGGAGGUCGAUUCUGACACCAGCAUCUUCCAGCUCAAGGAGGUGGUUGCUAAGCGACAGGGGGUUCCAGCUGACCAGUUGCGUGUGAUUUUCGCAGGGAAGGAGCUGAGGAAUGACUGGACUGUGCAGAACUGUGACCUGGAUCAGCAGAGCAUUGUUCACAUUGUGCAGAGACCAUGGAGAAAAGGUCAAGAAACGAAUGCAACUGGAGGUGACAACCCCAGAAAUGCAGCAGGAGGCUGUGAGCAGGAGCCCCAGAGCUUGACUCGGGUAGACCUCAGCAGCUCAGUCCUCCCAGGAGACUCAGUGGGGCUGGCUGUCAUUCUGCACAGUGAGAGCAGGAAUGACUCACGACCAGCAGGAAGUGCAGCAGGUAGACCAGUCUACAACAGCUUUUAUGUUUAUUGCAAAGGCCCCUGUCAAAGAGUGCAGCCGGGAAAACUCAGGGUACAGUGCAGCACCUGCAGACAGGCAACGCUCACCUUGACCCAGGGUCCAUCUUGCUGGGAUGAUGUUUUAAUUCCAAACCGGAUAAGUGGCGAAUGCCAGUCCCCAAACUGCCCUGGGACUAGUGCAGAAUUUUUCUUUAAAUGUGGAGCACACCCAACCUCCGACCAGGAAACAUCAGUAGCUUUGCACCUGAUCGCAACAAACAGUCGUAACAUCACUUGCAUUACGUGCACAGAUGUCAGGAGCCCCGUCCUGGUUUUCCAGUGCAACUCCCGCCACGUGAUUUGCUUAGACUGUUUCCACUUAUACUGUGUGACAAGACUCAACGAUCGGCAGUUUGUUCACGACCCUCAACUGGGCUACUCCCUGCCUUGUGUGGCUGGCUGUCCCAACUCCUUGAUUAAAGAGCUCCAUCACUUCAGGAUUCUGGGAGAAGAGCAGUACAACCGGUACCAGCAGUAUGCUGCGGAGGAGUAUGUCCUGCAUAUGGGGGGCGUGUUAUGCCCCCGCCCUGGCUGUGGAGCAGGGCUGUUGCCUGAGCCUGACCAGAGGAAAGUCACCUGCGAAGGGGGCAAUGGCCUGGGCUGUGGGUUUGCCUUCUGCCGGGAGUGUAAAGAAGCAUAUCAUGAAGGGGAGUGCAGUGCCCUAUUUGAAGCCUCCGGAACAAUUCCUCAGGCCUACAGAGUUGAUGAAAGAGCCGCAGAGCAGGCUCGUUGGGAAGAAGCCUCCAAAGAAACCAUCAAGAAAACCACCAAGCCCUGUCCCCGCUGCCAUGUACCAGUCGAAAAAAAUGGAGGCUGCAUGCACAUGAAGUGUCCGCAGCCCCAGUGCAGGCUCGAGUGGUGCUGGAACUGUGGCUGCGAGUGGAACCGCGUCUGCAUGGGGGACCACUGGUUCGACGUGUAGCCAGGGCAGCCAGGGCGCCCCAUCGCCUGGUCCUGAGGGAGCAUGCACGGUGUCCUACCUUCAUUUGCUAAUUCUCUUUCUGAACACACACACACACACGCAAACACACACGCAAACACACACACGCACACGCGCGUGCACACACCACACACUUCAGGUUUCUUUCAAAGUCCAAUUACAGCAAAAUGACAGAAGAAGCUCCUGGAUCCCUUUCACUUUGUCCAUGAAAAACAGCAAAGCAAAAUUACAGAGAAGCUCCUGAAUCCCUUUCAGUUUGUCCCCCUAAAAAAAGACCAGCAGAGCCAUCUGUGACACCAGCAAGAGGUGUUCUCAGCCUCAGGAUGACACAAAUCCUUAAGAAGUCUAUCUAUAUAAAUUGCAUUAAUGAAAUAACAACUAUGCAUAAAUCAACUUGCCAACUAAGUGAGAAAUUAAGAGAGUUAAUUUGAAUGUUGAAUGUUUGAAUUACAGGGAAGAAAUCAAGUUGAUGUGCUUUCAUUCCCCUUCCUUAUUUGCAACUUUAGAAAGCAAUUGUUUUUCUGAAAGUAUUACAAAAGAAAUCUA